GUGCCGGCUCUCGGUGGCGAUGGCGGCGCUCUUGCUGACGGUGCUGGUGGCGCUGGUGACCGUGGCUGCGGGGCAGUGCCCCGGUGCCUCCGACCUGCAGGCAGCCGAUGGGACCCGCGUCUGCGCCCUGCUCUACACCGAAGACAGCGUCUACUACGAGAACUGCUGCCGCGGCAAAGCCCUGGUGGUGGACCCCGGCUCCGACGUGCCCUACAUGCCCGUGGGCUACUCGGGGCGCAUCUCCUCGCUGGUGGUGGGCACCCGCUGCCAGCUGACCGUGUGGUCCCGCAGCGGCAAGAAGGGCAACAGCAUGGUGUUCAAGGCCGGGACGGUGCCGCGGCUGCGGGAGGUGAAACAGGGAAGCUUCGGCAACUGGGAUAACGCCAUCAAGUCCUACUACUGCACGUGCAACUGAGGAGCGGGCACGGGGCCAG